UACUGAGCAUCGUUUUGAGGGGAAGAGAGCAGAGCCUGUUCCUGAUCUGAAUCACACACCGAGCGUCCACCGAAUGUUUGCUCCUACCCGCUGCCAAUGCACACCCCUCGCAUUCCUAUGUCCGCCAGUUGACACACUGAACUCAAAGGACGAGGCUUCCAAACCUGCGGGGAUUCAGGCGUCCUAAAGCGGGCAGCUUUGUUUCCAGGAGCUCCUGACAUUUCCUGUGGCAGAUUUACUCAAAGGAUCAUGGCACAGACCAACAGCAGCGGGCAGGGGACCAAUGGAGUAGCGGAUGAAUCCCCCAACAUGAUAGUGUACAGAAAGAUGGAGGAGUUAAUAGCCCGCAUGCAGGAUGAGAAAAACGGCAUUCCCAUACGAACAGUGAAAAGCUUCCUCACCAAGAUACCCAGUGUUUUUUCAGGUUCUGACAUUGUACAAUGGCUCAUGAAGAACCUGGACAUUGAAGAUCAAGUGGAAGCUCUUCACUUAGGAACACUGAUGGCUGCACAUGGCUACUUCUUUCCUAUAUCAGACCAUGUCCUCACUCUCAAAGAUGACGGUACUUUCUAUAGAUUUCAGACUCCAUACUUUUGGCCGUCAAAUUGCUGGGAACCUGAAAACACAGACUAUGCUGUUUACCUCUGCAAAAGAACAAUGCAAAACAAAGCACGUCUGGAGCUUGCAGACUAUGAAGCAGAGAGCUUAGCAAGGCUACAGAGAGCUUUUGCCAGGAAAUGGGAGUUCAUCUUUAUGCAAGCAGAAGCACAAGCAAAGGUUGACAAGAAAAGGGACAAAAUUGAGAGGAAAAUUCUCGACAGUCAGGAAAGAGCAUUUUGGGAUGUGCACAGACCAGUGUCUGUCUAUGGGCUGCAGAAUGACAUCCGUACCCACAGUCCAACCCACACCCCGGUUCCAGAAGCCAAACAACCUACAGAAGAAGAGCUGCAGGACAAGAUCACCUUUUGGCAAUUACAGUUAGACCGGCAUCGGCUGAAAAUGUCCAAAGUGGCAGAGAGUUUGCUGGGUUACACAGAGCAGUAUGUUGAAUAUGACCCAUGCCUCUCACUUCCUGAUCCAUCCAACCCCUGGAUCUCAGAUGAUACCACCUUCUGGGAACUGGAAGCCAGUAAAGAACCAGGCCAGCAGAGGGUAAAGCGAUGGGCGUUUGGCAUUGAUGAGGUUUUGAAAGAUCCUGUUGGAAGAGAGCAGUUCCUCAAGUUUCUUGAAUCUGAAUUUAGCUCAGAGAAUCUCAGGUUCUGGCUUGCAGUCCAAGAACUAAAAAAGCGCCCUAUCAGAGAGGUCCCAACUCGUGUUCAGGAAAUCUGGCUGGAGUUUCUGGCCCCUGGAGCACCCAGUGCCAUUAAUGUGGACUCCAAGAGCUAUGGGAAAACCACUCAGAAUGUAAAAGAUCCUGGACGGUAUGCCUUCGAAGAUGCACAGGAACACAUCUACAAAUUGAUGAAGAGUGAUUCUUAUAGCCGUUUCAUUCGUUCCAGUGCCUACCAGGAAUUAUUACAGGCCAAGAAGAAGAAAAGUAAAAAUUUGUUCUGAAGUCUCUUGCUUCCAGGAGGAACCACUGGCAGACAAGAGACUGUAAAGUUGUGUGCCAUGCUAAAAAUCAAUGGCUUUCCUCUCUCUGGAGCAUGGAGAAGGGGGGCCAUCACAUCUCAUCAUUCUCGUCUCUCAUCUGCUAUUGGCUUAGCCAGACGAUGAGCCAAGCUGCCUGUCCGUCUGUUGUCCAGAAGAUGUUGCAUGUCCAUCGAGAGGAUGUUUCAGCUCCUCUCUCCUCUUUCAGUACAGUUAUAUUUCCGGUGUUUCCAAAAAGAAGACGCAGUUGGACUUGUGAGGGGAGUGAGAGACUGUAAAACAAAAUGUUGGAAAGUUUGAAAUGAGUGCUCCAGUUCUUUCCAUCGCAGCUACUCAACUAGGGCCCUUUCUCUCACUUCCAGCAGAACCAAAUGAUGUCAGAGAGAAAUGAGAAAAAUACACUUAGAAAAAGAACCCAGUAAAAAAAACAGCUUACACUGAUAACUUUAACCAAUGUCAUUGCUUUACAUGAGGUUACAAAAACUUUGUCACGCUAUGGGAAGUGUUGUGCAGAAUGAAUAUACAAAAUAUAUAUACAUAUAUAUUAUGAUUCUGAUUAUUUAUUGUGCAUUUAGGUUGCUUUUUAUGAUUUGGUUGCACUACAAUAUUUAGCACAUAUGAUUCUCAUUGCACCUGUAAAGUCUCAUUCAGAUUUACAAAGAUGCCGUCUCCGGUCGUACGUAGAACUUCAUUCUUUGUUAUUCUCUCCUGCAUUUAUUUUUAUACCAUAUUUAAAGACACUUUUACUUACUUGUAUUAAUAAAGUUGAUCCUCUAU